UUGUUUCCAGAAUUACAGAGUAUACAUGAACAUGAUCAGGUCUAUAUCAGACCUGAUCAUGUUGGAGAAGCUUUUCUUCGUCCUUGUUUUCAUGGCGCCACUUUAAUCAAGCUUCGUCCUCUUCAUUUUCAUGGCAGAUCCUCAAGUAAGCUUCUCCAUUUCUCUAUUCCUUUUCCCUUUUUCGAUUUCACUUUACCCCUGCUCCAUUCGCCCUCUAUUCACCUUUCUUUUCUGUUUCCUUCCCGAAAUUACACCAAUUACGCUACUCAAGACUUUGAUUCUGAUUUUGAUGACCCCAAAUUAUUUCUGAAAUUUGUUAGACAACAAUCCAAAUUAGGGUUUACUAAUGUUGAAAUCCCCCUUUCCCUCUUUCACCGUAUGAAAUCGAUGCGCCCAAUUCCUGGUAUUAUUGAUUUCAAUAUGCUUUUUUCAGCCAUGUGUAAGAUUAAACCCCACCCCCCUUUCUCCACUGUCAUUUCUCUCUACAAGCACCUCCUUUUGUCUGCUCUCCGUCCUGAUAUUUACUCCCUUAACAUCCUUGCUAAUUGCUACUGUCGUUUGAACUUUGUUGAUUUGGGGUUCUCUGUUCUCGCCAACAUUAUUAAACUUGGUUUUCAACCUAAUAUUGUCACCUUUACUACUCUCAUCAACGGCUUCAUUCACUCUAAUCAAUUUGAGAAAGCCGUUCCAUUGUUGGAUAAAAUUGUCAAGCUUGGCUUCCAACCCACAUUAGUCACCUAUGGUUCUAUGUUCAAAGGUCUCUGUAGGUCCGGUGAUAAUGCCGGUGCUCUCAAACUCCUCAGAAACAUGGAAUCUUAUGGACAUUGUUUGCCUAAUGUUGUCAUUUAUAGCACCAUCAUUGAUAGUCUCUGUAAAGACCAGUUAUUACCUCAGGCUCUCCGCCUUUUCAAGGAGAUGAAAGUCAAGGGAAUUUCCCCUAAUGUUGUCACCUAUACUACCUUAAUUCGAGGUAUGUUAACUUUGGGACAACAGAAAGAGGCUCAAGAAAUGCUGACUGAGAUGUUGAGGAACAACAUAACUCCUACCACUGAGACCUACAGCAUGUUGAUUGAUAUGUAUUGUAAAGAUGGCAAGGUUGGUGAAGCACAGGACAUUUUUGAAUACAUGACUAAGAUAGGAUUGGUUCCUGAUAUCAUCACUUACAGUGCUCUGUUAGAUGGAUAUUGUUUACGUGGUGAGAUGGAUGAGGCAGAAAAGCUUAUGGAUUUGAUAGUUAAAAAUGGUUGCAAACCUGAUGUAGUUACUUACAGCAGCUUAAUCAAUGGCUAUUGCAAGUCUAAAAGAAUUAACAGAGCUCUUGGUCUGCUCCAAGAGAUGCAUUGUAACGGAUUAGCCCCUAAUGUUAUCACGUACAACACUCUUAUAGAUGCCUUGUGCAAAGACAAUCAACUCAAGCUUGCACAUCAAUUUUUCAAGGAAAUGGAAGCUCAUGGACUAAAGCCAGAUGUAAUAACUUGGAACUCAUUACUUGAUGGCAUGUGUAAGAAUGAACAAAUAGAUGAGGCAAUUGCAACAAAGAAGCAAAUAGAGAAUACUGGAGUGGUCCCUAGUAUUAUUACAUACUGUAUUCUAAUGGAUGGUUUGUGUGAAGCUAAUCGCCUUAGAGAAGCGGUGGACAUCUUCUCCUUUCUCACAGCUAAAGGGCUGCAUGAUGUGCGUGCUUACAACAUAAUGAUAAAAGGGUUUUGCAAAGAAGGGUUGCUAGCAAAAGCCGAUGAAUUACUGAAGAAUAUGGAGGACAAUGGAUGCUUUCCAGAUGAAUGCACCUUUAAUACAACUAUUAGAGGAUUUAUUGAUGGAAAGGACAUUAGGAGAGCAUUAGAGCUUGUCAGGUUGAUGAGAAUCAGAGAGUUUGUUGCUGAUAAUCACACGAUAUCAUCAUUUGUGGGCUUAAUCGCUGAUCCAAAUAUCGGUGAUGCAGACAAGGAUUUGCUAAAAAUGUUUUUUGAGAACUGAGUGAGCAAUAGUUAGGAGCAAAGGUGGAAGUAGCAAUGAAUAAAGUAUAUAUGAUCAGCUGUGAUAGAGAUGUGUAACAUCAGGAGGGAAUGUUGUAAAUUAGUAAGUCUUAUAUUUAAUGUGUUUUGAUUGAUUGUAGGCGAAGACCUUAACACUUGUAAUUUGGAACAUAUGAUGCAAAUGUGGAUCAACCUGUAAAUUUUUUAUCUAAUUGCUGCGUUUGCUUUCUA